GCAGACAAGAUAUUUAGUCUCAUUUUCAAACGUUGCCUCAAAUUAUCUGCAAAUGGAGUUAAUGACAGAACGUUAUUUUCAAAAACCACUACGACUGAGUCACAGUGCAUCGAAUUUACCAGAUAUUUUGCAAUAUGCAAGAUCAGCAUCUUCAGGAAGAUUUGACGAUAUAACAGAAGGCAGUUAUCCAGCUAUUUAUACGCACAGGAAUAUCAGAUCAUUUGCACCAUGGCGCCCCAAGUCUCAUUUUUCUCCAGACCGAUUGUCUUAUUUUAAUGAUGCUAAGUCAACAAAAUCACUGGGUCCCAUUGUUAAUGUUACUGGAGAUUCUCUAGGUUUACAUGAACUUGAGGGUUUAAGGAUUCCUUCUAUAUACUCAGCUGCACGCAACGCUUUAUACACAAGAUAUACGCCUGCCGACUGGACUAAGGGUAACUUUACGCGGCUGUCAAAUUCAGAGCAGGCAAUGAAGAGAGCUGAACAUAUAAGAGGAAAUGGAGAGCGUUUGGGAGUUGAAGCAGAUGACAGAAUUAAACGAGCACAACAGGAAGUUGGCAGACUACUUGGUCAAAGAAUUAAUGAUAUCAAUUAUAUGAAACAUGAAUUAAAUAACGAAAUUGAUGCACUUAUUAAUGAAAUGAAUAAAUUAAAUGAAUCUAAACGAAUUGCUGAAAAAGCAUUCGCCGAAAUCGAAAAUCCAUUACAUAUUACACAAGAAUGUUUAUAUCAUCGGGAAAAACGUCAGUCUACUGACCUUGUACAUGAUCAACCAGAAAAAGCACUUUUAAAAGAAAUCGAUGGGAUAAAAAUUUGUCAAGAACAAAUUAAAAAUAUUAUAAAUCGUGCUACAGCGCAAUUAAGUUUAUGUCGUAGUGUCCAACAUGAAUUAGAACAAGAUAGUUCAGAUAAAUUUAGGGCAUUACAAUUAGAUCAAUUAGCUCAUCAAUUACGUAAUUCAUCGGCUAAUAUUGCUUUAUAUGGUGAUAUUGAAAAAUUAGAAAAAUGGAUGAGUGUACCGGAAAAAUGGACUGAACAUACAAGCGCUAAUUUAAAACGUUCCCAAGCUGAACGUGCAGCAAGUCGAUCUAUUCGUGAAGCAAUCGAACAUUGUUUAGGAGCAACAUUCAGCAGAAUACGUGAUUUAUGGUCUUCAACUAAUGCAUGCUUAUCUCAACGUAUACAAGAAACAAUGGAAGCUAAGAAUAGAAUACAAGUUCAAUUAGAAAAAAUUAAUCAAGAAUUAUUUGAUGUUGAAAAGAAUAUGGAAUAUUUAAAACGAUGUAUAGCUGAUAAACAAGCACCAUUGAAAGUAGCUAGAACAAGAUUAGAUUUACGUAAUCGACGUCCAAAUAUUGAAUUAUGUCAUGAUGAUCCACAUGAAAGAUUAUUACGUGAAAUAGCAGAAUUACAAGAAUCAAUUGAUCAACUUGUCAGUCAAUUAACAGAUACACAAACAGCACAUCAAGAUUUAUUAAAUAAUAAAAGUCGUUUAGAAAUGGAUUUAUCUAUUAAAGCUAAUAGUAUAUACAUUGAUCGUGAAAAAUGUUUAGGUUUACGUAAAACAUUUCCAAUGAAUCCUGCUUUAAUUGCACCAGUUUAA